AACAUUACAUGAGCCUACUGCAAAAGUAGGGAACAUUUCUAAAUCAUGGACAAACUGUCUGUCUUUUUAUUUGUUCUUUCCUUUUAUACCAUUGUCAACGCAGGUUCAGGAUCACAUUCUCUGUGGGCACUUGCAACAUACAUCAUCGGAGAAACGCCUUUCCCUGAGUUUACGGUUGUGUUGAUGUUGGAUGAUGUUCAAGUGGGUUACUAUGACUCCAACAUGAAACACUUUAUCUACAGGGGACUUCACCCAACAGAGAAAAUACAUGAUGACCUAGCUCAGGACGGAGCUUAUGUAUUUGGAACUAUGUACCAGAGCAUUAAAGAGAGAUCCUUUCAGCUAAAGCACCACUUUAAUCUCACAAGUGGUGUUCAAGUUCAGCAAAGAAUGGCUGGCUGUGAGAUUUUGAAAAAUGGUGAACCAGCCCUGAUCAUGUCAAAGAACAAUUUCAAUGCCAUUUAUACAGAUCGAAUGUUAUAUUACAACAUGACACAUUUUACAUACCAUGCAGGGAAACUACUACCAGGAUGGGAUGUGAUGAGGAGAGCAUUUCUUAGAACACUUUUUGGGAAUGUUGUCCUUCCCAUUUGCAUCAAAACACUGAAGACAUUCCUGAAGAGAGAGAAGAACGUUGUGAUGCGUAAAGUGCCUCCCAGACUCAGGUUGAUAAAGAAAGAGGUUUCUGGAGGGCUCCAGGUGAGCUGCCUGGCGUUUGGUUUCUACCCCCGCCACAUCAACCUGACCCUGCUGAGAGACGGCCAGCCAGUGGCAGAACAGGAGCUGACAGGGGGGGAGGUUCUGCCUAGUGGAGAUGGGACCUACCAGCUGAGGAAGAGUCUGGAGGUCAGUACUGAGGAGCUAAAGAAGAGACACAACUACACCUGUACUGCCUCUCACCUCAGUCUGGACAACAAGCUGGAUGUCAGUUGGGAGUCUGGGGCAGAGAGAGUACACCUAUCCACCCUCUCAGCUCUACUGGUGAUAGUGCUGAUUGUUAUUCUAUUGGGCAUUUUCAUUUGCGUCAAAAGGAGGAGACGCACCGUAUAGCAGACAUUGUCUCAACUUGCCAAUGUUGAUGCAAAAGUGGCGGAGGAAAUUAACCUGUCUUCAGAUUCUGAGACAUAAGGGACAGCGCAUACUUCCGAUACUGAAUGCACUGUCUGUUGCAGAUCAUCAUUCUCCCAAGUUGUCCUAUAAUAAUGUGACCACAUAUGCUCCCGGCGGGCCCAGUUAUACAGGAAAGCUCAGCCUCCUCUCCAAUCAGAGUGGCUAUUCCUCGCGCACCUAGAACUUAAUGCUUUAAUAUACUAUAAAUAUUUAUCAUUUCACUUUUAAAAUGUAUUACGUUUUUAUAUGUGGCAAAAACACAACCAGUCACAAUGUUUUAAUCUGAUUAGGCUACUUCAAAAGUCUCCUGUAGGUGUUCGCACUUUCAUCCAAAAUAUAAUUCCAGUAUCCUUAAAUGGCUUGACAUUCACCAGGUUUCCAUCCAACCUUUUUUUGAGAGUAAAGUAGCACACAUGUUGGAUAUAAAAUUUCACAACAUCAUGGGAAAGAAUGUAGUAUUAGGCUACAAAUGAAAUAAGUUAUGAUGAACUUCACAGGGUGGUGAAAGUGCAAAGUGAUGACGUUGAUCUUCCUUUAAA